CGUUUCCCCCAGAUCCGCCAUUUCAGUCCCGGAGUUUCUUGUUGCACAUUAAGUUUUUUUGAACAUUUGUUGUUAUUUUUUGGGAAACAUUUAAAGCGGAACAUAUUUGGGUUUGUGCUGCAACAUUAACUCCGUCAACUUAAAACAGCCCCGGGACGUUAUUUAAGUGGAAGUUGCUAAAAGUGUUAGCAUUAUACCUGGUUUGUUCCCGGCGGCGGGCGGUGUUAGUCAAACCCAAAGUUUGUUGUAUGAGUCGCGGGUAAAGGGAGAGGCCUUCAAGCCUCGAGCCUCGGACGGGAUUCCCCCUCCCCGCGCACACGCGGACCCAUGGCGGGGAAUUUCGACGCCGAAGACCGCGGCAGCUGGUUCUGGGGCAGGCUGAGCCGCCAGGAAGCCGUCUCCCUGCUGCAGGGGCAGCGGCACGGCGUGUUCCUGGUGCGGGACUCGAUCACCAGCCCCGGCGACUACGUGCUGUCCGUGUCGGAGAACUCCAAAGUGUCCCAUUAUAUCAUCAACAGCGUCAGCAACAACCGGCAGUCCUGCUCAGGUUUGGCUCCUCCUCGGUUUCGCAUUGGGGAUCAGGAGUUCGAGGCGCUGCCGGCCCUGCUGGAGUUCUAUAAGAUCCACUACCUGGACACCACUACACUCAUAGAGCCCAUAAGCAAGGCCAAGCAUGCGGGCUUCGUCAGCUCAUCCGCCGGCGUCCCGCAGCAGUCAGACGAGACCGAGUUUGUCCGUGCGCUGUUUGACUUCCCGGGCAACGACGAGGAGGACCUCCCCUUCCGCAAAGGCGACAUCCUGCGCGUGCUGGAGAAGCCCGAGGAGCAGUGGUGGAACGCCACCAACAACGAGAACCGCGUCGGGAUGAUCCCCGUGCCCUACGUGGAGAAGUACCGGCCCGCUUCGCCCACUGCCGCCGCUCUGGGUCCCCCUGCUGCGGGGACCGGACAGGGGGGGCAAAUUGGAGGGGUAGCGGGCAGCUCGGACGGAACGGGAGCCGCGCCGACCAACCCCCUGGGAGACCCGGGCCAGUACGCUCAGCCUGUGGUCAACACGCAGCUUCCCAACUUACAGAACGGGCCCGUGUACGCCCGAGCCAUUCAGAAGAGGGUGCCCAACGCCUACGACAAGACGGCGCUCGCUCUCGAGGUUGGCGACACGGUGAAAGUGACCAAGAUCAACGUGAACGGCCAGUGGGAAGGCGAGUGUAAGGGCAAACGAGGCCACUUUCCCUUCACCCACGUGCGACUUUUGGAGCAGCAGCAUCCUGAUGACGAGAGCUGAGGAACAACCCGCGCUCCCGCCGCCCGCCGCUCAUACCCCCUUCGCAGAAAGAUUUAUCACAGUACAUGAGCCUACGAGUUACACCAACACGUUUUGGCUCAUCUUGCCUAAUCUCAUGCUGAUGGACGUCGGUCAUCAUCAGAGUUUACACUGAGGUCAGACUGAUAUCGGUUUGUGUACAUUAGCCUCUUUUCCUCCACCAGUUUUCUCUUCCAACUUCACCACAGCCACAUGGAAAUUCUCCAAAACCUGCAAUGAAACAUUUCCGUCGAUCCUAGGGUGACAUUUAUUGAUUCAUUAUUUAAAGGAGAAAUAUUAUGCUCAUAAUUUAACAUUUCCGUCGAUCCUAGGGUGACAUUUACUGAUUCAUUAUUUAAAGGAGAAAUAUUAUGCUCAUAUUCGGGUUAUAAUUUUAAUUUCGGUUAUUACCUAAAAAAGGUUUAUACACUCUAAUGUUCAGUGAACACAUCAGUUUCCUCAGACUGUCCAUUCCUGCAGCUCCUCUUUCACAGCCUCUGUCUGAAUCACUUGGUUUUAGCUCCCGUCUCUUUAAGGCCCCUCCCCAUCCCGAUGAAGCCCAGUCUGCUCUGAUUGGCCAGCUGACUCCACUCUGUUGUGAUUGGUCAACUGCUUCCUGCACCGUAUAGGAAGUGUCGGCCUCCGCUCUCGCUGUACCUAACCGUGGACUUUGGGCUAUUUAACUUUGCAGACCUUUUACAUAUACAAAAAAAACUGUAACACACUAGAGGAAAGGGAAAAACUGAAAAAACCAUAGCAUGUCUCCUUUAACAAACAUGGGGAAGCUCAUUCGUCAGUUUCAUCUCUGUGCCUCCGCAACAGGGAGAUGUUUUCACCUAGCUGAGCUCCGUGUCUAGAAACAAGGGAUCGGCUGUCAAAAGCUUUCAGGCUGCAUUCACACCUAAUCCGCUGAGUGUAAGGGUUUCUAACUUAACUGCGACUUUUCCUGUUCGCUACCAAAUGAACUCGUUGAAUUCGUUGCUUUCUUAACUGCUCCUAAAUCCAUCUGCUGACUGGUAAAGUGUUAAGAUGAUCUCUUUAGCGAUGUGUAAACGUGAUGUUAGAGGUAUGAAAGUCGGCAAAGUGAAAAAAGAUUUAAAUCGACACUUCCUUUUCGUCUUCUCUCUAUCUAUUGGACAUUAUUUACCAGACACCAGAUCCAGCUUCAGUCUCGGGGGGGAAAUUCCUUUUGCCAUUUAUUUCUUCAUGAACUCUUCUUGUCACCUAAUCAGAUUAAACAGAUCAGAUUAAAGUGCUUCAGGCUGACAAACCCGUCCUGUUGGUGAGUUACCCGUCAGUCCAUAUCACUUCACGUUCACAGCUUUUUUUGCUCAUUUGUUAAAGGUCAUGUGGACUUGAAAUAGAAGGAUGAAGAACUACAAGGCAAUAAUAUCUAAAUGUUUAGCUUGGUCUGGAUCAAAUGAGACAAACUACAAGUGUAAAAUGUCUUAAUCAACCACCAGUAUCCUCAGUGACUUCACGCUCACUAGAAGCUGCUAACGGUGACAUCAUUUAAUCAGGUUUAAAGGCAGAUAUUUAGUCAAAAGGGAAUUAAAGGUUGUCAAAUUAAAGAGAGCAAAAAUAUUAUCCAGACAAUGUCAGUUCACAGUGGGACAGUAUGAGGCACCAGCGACCGAUAUCAGUCGAACCCUAGUUUCCACACCUCCAGCUCAGUAUUGAAGUCUGCACUGCACAUACAGCUCCACAGUGACUCCUCCCUUCCCCCCCGCCGCCGCCCGCUGCGUUUCAUUCAUACACAGAAGGGAAAAAAACAUGGAUCGCAAACAGGAGACAAAACUCUCUGCUCCUCUCACAGAAUCAUGAAUCUGUGAGAGGAUUUUUUUUUUUUUCUAGUGCAAGACUGUGAACCUCAAGAGUGAAACGAGCAAAGACUUUUCGUCCCGUGGAGAAGUAACUGUCCACGAGUGAAAAGACGACUUUACCAACUUAUUACACGUACACUACAAACCAAGUCCUCUUUUUUUUUUGUACUCAAAGUGGAAAAUAUUAUGAUAGAAUUGACUAUAUAUAUAAAUAUAUACAUACACACACUUUACAUGCUAAAUACUGUAAACAUUUGUGUUUUCCUUCCUUAUGGUCAAUUUUCUUUUUUGUUGUCAGAGACUUUACGCCUGUUAUUUUCUUUUCCUUUUUUUUUUUUUAAACACUAUUGGGUGCCGGCAUGGACGACUUCAAAUGCAGCGGCGUGAAAGAACAAAACAAGCUCCCUGUCGCGGAGGAUGGAAGGUUCCAUCCCUCCCUCCAUCCCUCCCCCACGAGGCUGUUAUAGAAGAUGAACUUGAGGGGAUUUUUAUUUUUGUCUUCCAGCAGGUUUUCAUGACAUAAUCAGUUGCAAAAGGAAAAAAGAAAUCCACCCUGAACAACUAGACCUUUUUUACGUUUUUGUAUAGAACCGGUUAAAACUGACCUGAUGUUUCUUUUGUCUUCAAUGCUGUGAUUGACACUCCCUGUAGGUUUAAUGUCCACGUUGAAAACACAUGCUAUUAUAACUCAUACAUAUUUUUUUUUUCUUUCAACACAGCGGCCCACAUGGCAUUAUGUCAAAAGGAAAAUAAUCCUUAAAAUGGUCAAUUUCUCAGCUAAAGGUUUCCUCAGAAGCAGGGUUGUGCUUUUUAACAUGAUCCCUUGCGUUAGCCCGUUAAACACUCAUCAGAUGCUUUUUAAAAACAUUGGCUAUUGGACGUAACAUUGGUGAAACACUAUCACACGUGAGAAUAACAGUUCUUGAGAGAAAUCCUGUGGUCAUAGUUUUAUUAUUCACCUUUUAACAGACUUUAAAUUAUAUUUUCCUAGUCAGGAACUCAUAUGCAUCAAAUGCUAUUCUACAGUCAGAACAUGUUGAUUGACAAACCCCUGAGACGUUGCCUAUCGUCUGUCGCUUGGGAGGAUCCGCCGAGUUACAUCCUCUCUACCUCAUGUCUAACUGAUUGGAAAAGAUGGGAAGAUUAAUAGGAACUGGUCUGAAGCCUUAAAGCUCAAGUCAGUUUUGUUUUUGAUAUACUGAAAUGAACAACACGGAGCCAAAUGAUUUUCAGAGCUCUCACAUUAAUAGAUUUUUUAUGCUUUCCAAAUCACAAGUUCAACAAAGUACUGGGGUCAGAUAUUUAUGCCCAAAAAUCAUUCAUCACUACCGAAUGAACGUAGACGAGUACAUCUCACUCUUACAUCAGAACAGUUCAGCAUAGUAUUCUUAAGGAUCUGAGUGUUAAUAUGGUAAAGCAGAAACUCUAAAAAUAAGAAUAGCCCUAAACACUUACUGUACCAAAAUGUUGUUAGUCGAAAUCAGGCUAAUGGCACCUGCCCGCAAUUUCACAAUAAUCUCGAUUUAUGAAACGUUAAAAAAAAAAGAGUGAAUACAUAUUCCUGCUUUUGUACAAACAAAGAAAGUUGAUCUUGAACCUACACGGGUCUUUUAUGCAUCGGACCCCAGACGUCCCCAAAAUUUCAUCCUGAGUUUACAAUGUUUAUUAUAAACUGUUUUGUUAUAAAGGGUUUAAAUUUAAGGAAAUUAUUUUUUAUAUGCAACAUUAAUGCCAUUUUUUUUAAAACCAUGAUAUGUUUAUUACGAUCUUUGAGCCCCAUUUGUGGGCCAUAUGCACCCCCCCUCCCAUAUAUAUGUAUUAAUAAAAAAAACAUGCUAUAUUUCAAUGGCCCCAUUUUGCAUGUUUCUGUGUUGAGGUAAAAUAUAGGAAUAUAGCAACAAUAUUGGAAUUGAUCACAUUAACUAUGUGUAACGACAUUAGUACCUGUAUGGAGCGAACAGUACCUGGGCAUUUAGGUGAUAAGUUAACACUAAACGACUGUUGUUAUAAAGUGCUGAUCCUGCAAAUGUGUGGUGGUGAUUUGGGCAAAGUACAAUAUUGAAACCAAAAAAAUAAAUAAAUUACACAGCGUCCUUGAAUGUUUUAAAUAUGCUUUGUAUAAUUUGUAAUGACAAACAAAAAUCUUAAUUGAAAAUGGUAAAUAUGAUGUCAGCUGUCAAAUGUAUUUUUAUUUUAUUUUACAUAUUACUUCAUUUGGAGAUGAAAAAACUUUUGGUUUCAUUUUAUCACUAUUUGCUUUUGUCACUUCCCACAUAAUUUAAAUUUUUUUCUGGAAAGAAAAGGAACAAUUGCAUUUCUUAAACUGCUCCGUCCGUUCUGUGGUGGUACCACUUACAUUUUUUAAAUCUUAUUUUUUCCACAAUUUGCCUGAAUGCCUUCGUGCUAAGUGUUAACUGCAGUGUUGCAUUCAGGUGCAUGUUGCUGAACUGUCCCACUGAGUGCUGCCUUUGAGAAAAAAAAUAUUCUCAUGUCCUUGACAUUGUCCUAGCUGUCCCAUAGAAAUUGAAGACCAACGAAUACUCAAUUUUUUUU